UAGCGCAAACAACUGCAACAUCUGCCUGCGGAACGCUAAGCGGCGCUUUUGCAGAGUACACGCGUGCGUGGAUUGUUGUUGCAUAAACAAGAGGCAUUUUUGAAUUACACAAGCCUUGAAGAGUGUGGCAUUUUGAAAAUCUGAAGAAUUUUCGUAAAAUCUUUCAAAUAUUUGUUGUGGAUUUUCAGUGAAAUAAAAAAAACAGUGAAUAAUAUUAAUUAAAAGUGGUGAAUAACGAGUCGUAAAACUGGCAGGCGCUUUCAAGUGCACAUCACAAAAACCGCUAAAACUUAAUAUGUUGCAUGAAUAAUUGUUGAGCCAAGAGUCAAUAACGUCAAGGUGUCAUCACUCAAUUAACAAAAUCAGUGCGCUUAAAAAUAUGUACAACACUCUCAAAAUCAGCUGACAUUCCUGACUAAUGCGCUGUGCAACCCUUCAAUCAUCAAAAAAAUCACAUUGAUUGUUUUUGUAAUUUAAUUACAAACAUUUACUAGCCUGCAAGUGAAUUCCAGGUAGUGAAUCACGCAACGCACACACAGAAAGGAUUUGUGUUUUAGUUUUACCCCAAUACUAACGGUAGUAUCCCCUUCAUUCGCAUACCACCUCAAGAGUGCGUGCAACAAACACCUCCACCCUCCGAAUGCAGCGCACAUUUGCAUGUGUUUGUGCAGCAACAAAAUUGCCUCGCUUGUAAUUGUUGUUGUUGGUUGUGAGAAGGAAGCGUAUAAAUUGCAAACGGUUAUAUAAAAAUUAUUGCGCAUAAAAAUUGUGCUAAAAAGCACCGGUGCAACGGUGCAUUGCAAGGCAGUGUCGCACGAAAUAACAUAUUUGUCUGCUGAGAGUGUGCAUGUGGCAAGUAAUUGUUCGUUAGAAAUAAUGUAUAAAUAAUUUAAUGCAAUCAAAAAUUUAAAUUUUCAGCACACAAAAACAUAAUUUUGAAACUGCUUGAGAGAUACCAAAACCAUAAGUGACUAAAGUGUGAAGUGUUGGAAAAAAGAUCUAAAGAUAAAUAGUGUAUUCAAACAAAAGUAGUUUAAGUUAAAAAAAAAAACAGCUAGUAAAUCAAAAAUAGAGUACACACACGUAAGCGGACGGCAGGAAAAUGGGCAAGAAAAACUCCAAAUUGAAGCAGGACACCAUCGAUCGUCUAACAACAGCCACAUACUUCACAGAAAAAGAAAUCAGACAAUGGCACAAAGGUUUUCUGAAAGACUGUCCGAACGGUUUGCUGACAGAACAAGGUUUUAUUAAAAUUUACAAACAAUUCUUCCCGCAAGGAGAUCCCAGUAAAUUCGCAUCGCUGGUGUUUCGGGUCUUCGACGAGAAUGAGGAUGGUGCGAUUGAGUUUGAGGAGUUCAUACGGGCGUUAUCGAUUACAUCACGUGGCAACCUGGAUGAAAAGCUGCAAUGGGCAUUCCGACUCUACGAUGUGGACAAUGAUGGCUACAUAACGAGAGAAGAAAUGUAUAAUAUAGUGGAUGCAAUAUAUCAAAUGGUGGGUCAACAGCCGCAAACGGAGGAAGAGAACACGCCGCAGAAGCGUGUCGACAAAAUAUUCGAUCAAAUGGACAAGAAUCACGACGAUCGUUUAACGCUCGACGAAUUUCGUGAGGGUAGUAAAGCUGAUCCACGUAUAGUGCAGGCGUUAAGUUUAGGUGGUGAUUAACCAAAAGAGACUUAGUUUAAUUCUGCUACAGAUUAAACGAGGAAACUAAACGGAUAUAAAAAACAAACAAAAAAAAAAUAGUUAAAAGUACACUGCAGGAACAAAUAAUAGCAAAGUAAUUGUAAUUACAAAAUAUUAAUAAAACAAACAGAAGGGAAGCAUAGGUGGUUAGAGGAUAUCAUUUUUGCAAAAUAUUUAAGAAGGGAAACGAGUAAAGGCAAAGGGCAGCACACUUGAUACGCACACAGUCAUACAAACACGACUGCUUUGGUGGCUUUAGACUACCAAACGCGCCCAAUACACACACACACACAUACAUGUGUAAACACUCAUAUGCAUACAUGUAUAUGUACAUACACAUGCACCUCUCUGAGUUACAUGACAGUUAGGUUAAUGAUACCAAAAAAAAAAUAUGCGAAAGUAGAGCAAGCGGUAGAAAAGCUUCGAAUACCGAUUAUGUUAAUGGUUUGCAAAUGCAAAAACUAAGAAACCAAAAACAACCAAAACAAUAAACAAGAGUAAAAGUAAUGCAAUUUAUAAAGUAUACUCAUUGCAAACGUAGGAGAAACGGGUUUAGCGUAGUUAAACAAUAUUCAAGCUGCAAUCAAUAGACAUAGGCGCACAUGCAUUAAAUAGCAUACAUAUGCAAUGUACACAGAUACACGCACACACACAUGCGCGUACACAUAGUUUAUAGUGAUGUCAACGAAACGGUAAUCAAAAUCUGCCCAAUAAAAUGACGGCUAUGCGCGGCGUAGCCUCACAGCAGCUCACAAAAUACAAAAUUUUUUGAAAAAAAUUAAAAAAAAAAAUUUAUGAAAAUAAUAAACAAAAAUCAAAUUAACUUGGCAGCACACACUUGUAAAAAGUUAAGCUAAAUUUCUGUAGAAAAAGAUGCGAAAUCAAAGUGAAUUAUAUAAUACAUAAUAUAAAUUGCGAAAUUGCAUGCAGCCACACAAAAGGUCGAAUACAAAGGUGCGUUUUGAACAAAAAAAAAUUUAAUGCUAAUAAACAAUAACAAAAAUAAAAAACAUUUGCAAAUAUUUUCAAGUAAAACGCGAUUUAUAAACAAAACUAAGCAAAUAAUUCAUAAAUAUGCUUGCAAGUCUAAAUUUAAAUAAACGUACAUAUUUACAAAAAAAAUUUCAGCUACAAAAUACUAUAAAAAACUUGCUACAAUUUUUGAAAGCAUGCAGCGCUCAAAAGGGUAGAAUAAACUCCGCAGCUGCUAAUGAGAGUCAUGCUUUCCUAGCGUUACCAUACUACGCGAAAUAAUCACUGAGACCACGUGAAUUUGUAAAUAUUAGUCAAACGAAAUUGUUAUGAACAAUGACACCAAUUUAAAAUUUAUUAUAUAAAGCUAUUAGAAUAUUCAAAAAAAAUGCAACUUUAAAACUUUCCUUACUACUUUUAUUUGAAUCUUAAAACUCGUCCUUAAGACGUUAAAAAAUUUAAAAAUUAUAUAUUACUUAUAAAAACUUUAAAAUAAAAGAAAGUAUUGACAUUCAAAAAUUCGAUUAGAGAACAAUUUUAUUGCUUAAGCGUAGUCAAGAGGCAGUAGCAGCAUAGCAUAUGUGUUUAAAAAGGGAAAAUCUGAAUUGUUUUUGAAUACUCUGCCCAUAAGCUUUUAACACACAGCAGCUUUAUUUCUGUUUUUCGACGGAAACCUAAUAAUAAAUCAUAAAAAUGUUAAAUUUUUUCAAUCAGCGCUUAAAUAGUAACAGAUAUGGAAAAAACUCAGAUAAAUACCCGUAAAAUUUUAUGAUUCUGUUGCAACUUCUGAAGAGCUUUUUGAAAAGCUACUAACUUUUCCUUACUUUUACCACAAAAGCUCUUUCCAAGAAGAAAAUAAUAAAACAAGCUGAAAAAAAAUAUAUAUACAUAUAUAUUCGGAAGAGCUUUUUGAACAACUCCUAACUUUUUCUUUACUUUUAUCACAAAAGAUCUUUCCAAAAGGAAAAAAAAUAAAUCAAGCUGGAAAAAAAUAGUAUAUUUCAAUCUUUAGUACCCAAUAUACUAAAGGGAGACGUCAAGACCUCGACCAUAAAUGGAAUUUUCUUGCGAUUUAGUAUAAUAUAAAUUCUUGAUGUAUAAAACUGUUGUCUGAUUUGUUUUAAUAAAAACUCAAAGUUACUAUAUGAAAAAAAUCAUAUCACUAUUCAAACAAUUUAAUAAUUCGUUCAAAAGCUCCUCAAAAGCUCUUUUUAUCACAAAAGCUCUUUUCGAAAAGAAAAAAAUAAAUCUUUCGAUUUAGUAUAUUAUAGAUUUGUUUGUGGCAUAUAGAUAUGGUUUUUGUUUUGUUUCAAUAAAAGCUCAAUGUAAUUAUACGAAUAAAAACAGAUAGAUUUUCAAGCAAUUUUAAAAAGCUUUAUAAAAAGGAUUCUUAAAAGCUCCUUUUAACGCUCUUUUGAAAACGAAAAAAAUUUAAUAUUUUAGAAAAACAUGUUAAAGUAAAAUUCACUUUCCAGUAACCAAUAUCCCACAUUGAGAUUUGAAGCUCUCGACCUUAAGUUAUAUUUUUUUGCGAGUUGAUAUAUUAUAUAUUUUUCGUGCUAUCAUUACUGUUUUUGAUUUAUAUCAAUAAAAGUUUGAAGUUAUCAAUAUUUGUUGAUAAAAUAAAAUCGUCUAAGCCUGCCUAAACUAAAUCAGGUAACUGUUUAUCCAGAAGUUUUAUGACAAAAGUGAAAACGACAGCAAAAAGUGACGAUAUGAAUUUCGGUUUCUUAGUUUGGAGUAUGUAGUAAUGACAGUUUCUCGUCGUUAUGUUUUUGGAAUGUGUUUAGACAGGAAAAUUAUUGUUAUGUGACGUCAUACACGAAAAAAAAGCGAAUUGCCUAUUUACAGCUACGAUGAAUAUAAAAGAUUGACAGCUCGUUUUUAUAUCUAGGGUUUAGUAGAUCAUUAAAUACUUAACACUUUUGAUAAUAGUUGGAACUGAAUGGAAGUCAGUCAUAUCAAGUCCUUAUAGAGUACUUAAUUAGAACAUUGUUUUAACAAAUCCAUGAGGGGUUUUGGAUGUCAAGAAAUUUAUUUUGUUAAUAAAUCAAUUCAUAGAGUUCGCUAAUAUCAUACAUUCAAGCGCUGAAAGUACUUUUAAUUAGAAUUCGAAGAUUUUACGAAUCAAAAUCAAAAAUAAGUUGCCAGGAAAACCCCGCCGUUCGCUACUGAUUAUUAUAGUACUAGAAGCUUUUGAAAGCUUUCUUCUACUUACAGAAUUUGUAACGUGAAGAAUAAACAAACUGUUACAAAUAAUCUUUUUAACGACUGUUUCAAACACAUAUAAUUUUGUAUUUAAUUUGUAAAUUUGUAUUUGAAAAGUAUUCGCAACAAAUUUUAAUUAUUAUUUCCAUUAAAACCGUUCAAUUAUAUGUUAGAAAUAUAAUAGUUUGCAAUUAUUUAAAAUAUAAUCCCAUUGGUAUUCCUACAUUAUAUAAAAAGUGAGUACUUUGUUCAAAAGUUUUUCAAACCUUCUCCAUUUUUAUAUAAUUGUAAUAUUAUACGCAUGUUUUUUCGCUAAAUUUUCUAAAUAUUAUAUAGAUGUUAUUCAAAAUCUAAAUACUUUUUAAAAUUUUGCAUGCCAGAAAUUUUAUAUUCCUUGGACUCUUUUUAUUAUUCUUACAACCUUUUUAUUUCACAAAAUAUAUCCACUUUUGAAGUACACACAAUAAAAUUUGAAAUAAAUAUUUAAAAUGAAAAUUUAUAAAUUUUCUAAAUAUGCUUAAAAUUUAACUUUAAAACCACACUUGUACUUUCUAAAGUUUAGAUUUUCUAAAAUUAUAUAGCAGAGGUUUCAAUCAACAUAAUUCACCAAAAGAAAGAAAAAGUAAAGAAAGAGUACAGUUUUUAGUGACGUCAGAAUAGCAGAAUCGAGUAUUAGGUUUUUAUCAUAGCCUCAGAGAGCUUUAAUCGCUUGUAAGCUUCUUAAAAUGCUUAGGAGUUAUAAAGAGGCAAAAUUUGAAUUGUUUUUGAAAAUUUUCUCUAUAAGCCUUUAACAAACAGCCGCUUUAUUUCUGUUUUUAGACACAAACCUAAUAAUAAUUCAUAAAUAUGUUCAAUUUUGUUCGUCCAUUGAUUAAAUAGUAACAGAUAUGGAAAAUAAUCAAAUAAUCAUUCAAACAGUUUUAUAAUUUUAUUGACACUUCUGAAGAGCUUUUUCAAAAAGCUCCCAAAAACCUUACGUCUAUCACAACAGCUCUAAAGACAUGGAAAAAAAUCAGAUAAAUAUCCAAACAAUUUUAUAAAUUUAUUCAAACUUCUGAAAAGCUUUUUGAAAAGCUCCUAAAAACCUUACUUUUAUCACAAAAACUCUUUCUGAAAAAAGAGGAAAAAUAAAUAAAUCAAGCUGGAAAAAUAUGGUGUACAAUUAUUCUACUCUCUAGUACUCAAUACAUGUACAUACUAUAUGGAGAUGUCAAGUCAUUGACCUUAUAUUUUUUUCACUGAAAGCAGGUGUAUAAUAGAUUGUUUUUGAUUUGCAUUAUUAAAAGCUCAAAAAAAUUAUUAUAUAUAUAUAUAUUUAGAUAAAUAUACAGUCAAUUUUAUAGUGAUUUUCAAAAUUCUCAAAAGUUUUUUAAAAAAGCUCCUUUUAUCGCAAAAAGAAAAAAACGAAUCACAAAAAUUUUGAAAAAUGCUGUUUGGCGUGAAAUAACAGUAGCGUAAUUUUAGCGAGUUAAAUUUGGAAAAAAAUUAAAGAAAAAAGCUGGAAUUAAUUUUUAAAAAAUUAAAUCAGCUAUUUUUGCGAUUUUUUAAAAGUUUUUAACUAUUAUUCCUAAAUUUAUAACUUUCUACUUUCUAACCACUUGGAAAUCGUAUUUUGACGAAGCAACUACAAUAAAUUUUUACUGUUUACAUAUUGUUCCUUUUAUAAACAAAUUUUUAUAGCAAUUUUGAUAUAUUUUAGGAAUAUUACUAUUUAAUUCUUUGUCAAAAAAUGUUUGAAAAGAGUUCUGGAGACUAAUAAUAGCACGCUUUUGGAAGACUCUAUUUUUAUAAUAAAAAACUACUGUUUUAGAAAUUUUUCCAAACGAGUUCUGGAGACAGACCAUAUCACGGUUUUGGAACUUAUACUCUUAUAUUUUUACAGAUAUGCAUGUUAAUAUAGGGUUCAUAUAGGGUACUGUAACGGAUUCUAAAAGCAUCAGAAUAAGUUGUCGUGUGCUGUUAUAUAUUUCCAAAUUUAUUUACUGUUAUUUUACAUACCUUCAAUUCUACAUUUUUACCAGAUUAUACCGUUUUCAAUAUUCUCUUUUUAUACUUAUUCCUGCACAUCCAACACAAGUUUCGCUCUUUUGUACUACUUAUUCUACGUCCUCAACCUUUUUCAGUGUAUCACCAAACUAAAAUAAUUUCUGUUUUAUAUGUGGUUCAGCUUUAUUUUUAAAUAAAGUAGCAAAUAAUAAACUUAAUUAAAUAAUUGCUAAGUUCAAAUAAAAAAACUAAAAUUCAUAGAAAUAUUUAUUUAGCCAAAAUAUCCAAAAAUGAGUUGAAAUACAUUAUAUAAAAAUAAAAAAAAAUGUUAUGACAAAAAAAAAAAUAUUAAAUAAAUGCAAAGUACUUUAGAUGUAAUUAAAUAAAAAUUAAAUAAAGCAGUUUGUACACAUAGCCUGUUUAAGUCGAAUUCAUGUUGUAAAUUACAAAUAAAGUUCAAAUAAAUGAAAUAUAUGCAUAUUUAAAGCAGCUAGUUUUAUACUUUCCACAUAUUUUCGAUACUUAGUCGACUUUAUAUAAACAUUUUUAUUAAAAAAUAUUUUUAUUCAAAAACUGUUAUUGCAUUACUUUACUACUACUACUACUAACAAUCGAAGCAUAUAAGCGCAAUAAAUGUCUAACUGAAAUAUUUAAAUUUUUUUUUAUAAAUUAUUUACAAAAAAUCCUAAAAAUUUAUUUACAAAAAAUCCUAAAUAUCUAAUAAACACUUUAAACACCUACUAAUUAAAAUGUAUACACUUGCAAGCCUUAUAACUGUACCUUCUGUUUUUCUAUAUUUACGCUUAGACUUGCUCAUGGUGCUGGGUCACAGUUAUAUCCACAUAUAUAUGUAUGUCAUAAGUACCUAUUGCCUGCGACCUGUUAACUAUGUAUGUAUGUCUGUAUAUAAUAUUAAAAUGCCUUGCUACAGCAUUUAACUUAGCGCUAGUCUGUCGCUUUCACUUUUAUAUCAAAAUGUAUUUACUAUAUGUAUGUAUGUAUAUGUUAGCUUCUAAAGUACUAUAUAGAAAAAAUAAUUUUUCGUUUGUUUGUGCCAUAACCUUUGGAAAAAAUCUUUUUUCGUUUGCUUGUGUCACAUCCUUAAGAAAAAUUCCUUUUUUCUUUUUUUUGGUCAAAAUACAGUAUAUAAUUUUUUGCUUCUUUUAUACAUUUGUUUAUCUACCAUUUUAUUACUUUAGGCUUUGGUUUUCAUUUUUAUAUUUUCCAUUUUCUUUUACGGUCGCUAACGCGUGUCCUUAUUGUAUUUGUUUUUCUUAGCUUAUGUAUGUAUAUGGUCUUAGUAUUGUAUUAUUUAUCUUUAUUUCUGUAUGCCUACUUAAAUAUUUGAAUACGCCGUAAAAUUGCAGCUGAUAUGACACAUAAGACCAAUCUUAGCUCGCACAUUUGUAACCGAAUUAAUUGUGUGCAGAAUAAGACGUAGGCAUAUUAAGGAUUCGUAUGCAGAUUUUAUGAGGCCAAAAAAUUAAUAACAACAAAGAUGUCUAGUCGUGAGCUCAUUGCUUGGAUUUCAUUUCGAUUUUAUUCAUAGACUUGCCUAGAGUUUUUAUAUAUUAGCUUGCAUAGUAAAUCAUCCCCUUCAUUUACACAAAUACCAAUAUAUGGUCCAGUAAAAAAAUAACUAUUAUUUCUGCAUUUAAUCUAAGAUUU